AUCUACCACACUCCUCUCCUACAAGAUGAAAGCUUCGCUGGCCAUUGCUGUGUGUCUGGUUGCUGUGAGCUUGGUGGCCGCUGCUCCCCAGAAGCAGUACACCAGCAAGUUCGACAACGUUAACGUCGACGAUGUGCUGGGCAACGACCGAGUGCUGAACAACUACCUCAAAUGCCUGAUGGAGAAGGGACCCUGCACUCCGGAAGGUCGUGAGCUGAAGCGCCUCCUGCCCGAUGCCCUGCAGUCCGAGUGCUCCAAGUGCACGGAAGUGCAGCGUCGCAACUCCGAGAAGGUUAUCAACUUCUUGCGCUCCCAUCGGGCCGGUGAGUGGAAGCUGCUGCUGGACAAGUACGACUCCAAGGGAAUCUACCGCGCCAAGCACGAUGCGGCACAGAAGAAGCAGCACUAACUGGAGCACCACUCCAACGAGAGACUCGCACUCAUUCGCACACAUGAAUCCUAAUUUAAAUCCACAGAGAUCCACAGUAAAAUUAUAGUUUUUUUUAUACCUAAA